CACUGUCUCGCCUUGUGAAACGCUACGGAUGCAAGACUGUUGCUGAGUGAGAGAGACGUGUUAACGAGUUCAAAAACAAUGCCAUUGCCAAGAGGCAGACAAGAAAAAGCAAAAGCUGCUGUUUACUGUAACAUCUCAGUGGAUGUGAAACAGGAGACCUGUGAUGUGGACACAUAUAUCAUGGAGAAAACUGUAAAUAUUAAGGAGGAUGACUGUGAGUGGGAGUCCAUCUACCUCAAACAGGAAAGUCUGAGCAUCAAGGAGGAGGACAGUAAACUGCAGCCAGUGGGCAUUAAAGAAGAACCUGAAGAGAUGUCUGUCAGUAUUGAGACACAUAACCAUACAAAUAUGGACAGUGUUAAAGAAGACAACCUUCAAGAUGGAGUGGUGACCAGGUUAGACUCUUCACAUAGCAGACACGGUUCCUCUCCUGAGCCUUCUAUCAAUGUGAAGUCUGAAUCAUUAGAGUCUGAACCAAAGAGGGCUGUGGAAACUACAUCUGUUGGAGCCCAGAAAAAUAAGGAAACACCUUCAAAGAAGUCUGGAAAAAGAAAGAAAGAUCACUGCAGUGUGGAAUGUGGCAGAGAAUUCUCUAACAGUAGUGCUCUUCAGAGACGCACAAGAGUUCACACCGGAGAGAAGCCAUAUUGCUGUAAUCAAUGCGGUAAACAGUUUUCACAAAUGAGCAGUCUUCACAAACACAGUAGAGUUCACACUGGAGAGAAGCCAUAUUGCUGUAAUGAAUGUGCUAAACAGUUUUCACGAAAAGGCCAUCUUCAGAUACACACAAGAGUUCACAACGGAGAAAAGCCAUAUUGCUGUAAUCAAUGCGGUAAACAGUUUGCAGAGAUGGGCAGUCUACAGACACACACAAGAGUUCACACUGGAGAGAAGCCAUAUUGCUGUACUGAAUGUGGUAAACAGUUUUCACGACAAGGCCAUCUUCGGAAACACACAAGAGUACACAAUGGAGAGAAGCCAUAUUGCUGUAAUGAAUGUGGUGAACAGUUUUCACGAAAAGGCCAUCUUCAGAUACACACGAGAGUUCACACCGGAGAGAAGCCGUAUUGCUGUAAUGAAUGUGGUAAACAGUUCUUACAGAUGGACAGUCUACGGAAACACACGAGAGUUCACACCGGAGAGAAGCCAUAUUGCUGUAAUGAAUGUGGUAAACAGUUUUCACAAAAAGUCAGUCUUCAGAGUCACACAAGAGUUCACAACAGAAUAAAAACAGUUGCAGUUCACAAAUCAGUCCAGUAAAACAAGAACCCUUCAGGACUCAAGAGUGAGGUUCAGUCCUGUCCUGAAAAGUAAGCAAACUAAACUAUUGUUGAGAAAUGAAUCUCAAAGAGAACCCAUAUUGCUGUUUGGAUUGUGGCAAACAAAUCUGUCCGAGCAGUACACUUCAGAGAAGCACCAGAAUUCCUACCGGAGAGAAGUACAACUGAACUGUCGUGACUAAAGAGUGAGGUUCGCUCCUGCCUGGAUAGUAAGCACAUGUAACUGACACAAAUCCAUCCUACUUAGUGUUGUGUCAAAAACUAAUCAACAUGGAGGAGAAAUAGAAGUUUAUAUCCUUUUUCCUUUUCCAGAAACACAAUAAAGAACAGGGCGUC